AUGGCCACCUCUACCCCCGCUCCGCAGUCAUCGCUACCCCAGAGCGCAGUUCUGAUGCCCCCGUGCUCGAAGAGUCGUUCUCGAGGCAGUGCAGAAUCACGACCCAGCAUCCACAAUGUUCAGGGCCAUGUUCCCGCAUGCCUGGUUAAUGCCUCAGUAACCUAUUGCGGCAACGAUCAGAUCUACGCCUUUGGCGGGUUUGACCAGUAUACAGAUGAAGUUUACAAUCAUGUCCUACGGUUGAAUUUGAAAACUCUUCGUUGGGAUCUAGUGGACAACUAUGGCGAUAUUCCGGGUGUUCGCAUGGGCCACACGGCAAAUCUCUAUCAAGAUAACAAAUUAAUCGUUUUUGGCGGGGAAAAUGAGCAUGGUGAAUACUUAUCGGACGUGAUCAUCUUCGACGUUCCUACUUCCACUUGGACGCAACCUGAAGUUCGCGGGCAGGUCCCUCGGGGAAGAGCUCGCCAUGCCGCCGUUAUCCAUGAGGACAAAUUGUUCAUUCUAGGAGGCUCGGAAUCCAGCGGCAUUCUUGACGACAUGUUCUACCUGGAUCUUAAAACUUGGACAUGGUCUCGACCCUGGAAAUUCACUGCUCGCUUCGACCACUUAGCCUGGGUUUGGGGCGGCCGCCUCUGGACUUUUGGUGGACUUGACCCAGAUAUGGAAAAGACCACAGAUAUCUGGUGGUUAGAUUUGCAGGCUAUUCCAGCUUCGGGGACGCCAGACCAUCAAGGUACCAUGGACACCCCCGCGAGGAUUGGCAGCGCAGCUCACAGUUUAGAUAAUAAUAUCUACAGUAACAUGGGUCAACAGCUUCCCGGCCGGUCCGGGAGCUACGCUGCGAAUUCUGCAAGUGUGCAGGUUCGCAAUGCUAGCCGGAGAAAAUCCAUCGCCCCAGGCUCCAUCUCUUGUCUUCAAUUCAAAUCAGGUCCCAAUGUGCCAUCACUGUUCUCCGGAACUCACUUCCAGGCGUUCGCAUCCGGUGUCUUACUGGACCUCAUCACUCCGUCUGAAACCACACCAAUCCGUGACUGCAAUCUAUCUUCCUUGGAACUUGAUUCUGCGCGAUGGCAGAAACUGGUGGACGGGCAGGAGAUUUUCAGACCCGGUUAUCGAUGGCAUUACCUCACAGUGGAUACGAGUGGCACGAAGGCGUGGUUGCUCGGAUGCAGCCUAGAUCCCGGCAACACCCCUGGCAGCGGCGAUGAGAAUCACAUGUCUCAAGUUCUGUCGAUUGAUUUAGAAAGGUACGGUUUGCUAGGAAAUGAGAUGUCGGCCCUGUCACCCGACCCUAGGAAAGCGGCGGUUCUUGGGCGAGCACAAGUAGGUCCCCUCUCUGGCUUAGGGGCAGACCUAUCAACUGCCUUUGAUAGACCACCUGAGUCAGGCAGCGGGGCAGAUUUUACGAUAACCGCCAACUCAGAUGAUCACAUCUACACUGAUAGUAAUGCUGAAGACGGAUUUUCGGAGAGGUCCACCUCAACUUUCCUCCCCGAGAAUGCAGCCACGUCUCCUCCGAUCCACGUGCACAAACUUAUUCUGCAGUUGAGGUGGCCGCAUUUCAAGCGGCUAUAUUCCGCACAGAUGGUUGAGUAUCAUACGAAUCGGAUGCAUAUUCCUGAACCCUACUCGGUUGUCCGUGCGUUCCUCUACUAUCUAUACACAGACAGCAUCGCCGGUCAUCCGGAGUACUGCGCAGAUAUCAUUGAUGUUGCGGGGAUGCUUGUAAUGGCCAAUCUUUAUGAUCUACCUCGCUUACGUCUCCUCUGCGUCAGCCGCUUAGGGCGCGAGUUAGACGUGGAAAAUGCCGCAAUCAUAUGGGACCGGGCAGGGCGUACGAAUGAAGAAUGGCUGAUGAGGCGAGCCGCUCAGUUCUGCCUCAACCACUGGGGACGCGUCGUCCGGACCGACGGUUUCAGAUCUCUCAGCAGGGAGAGCAUAAUCGAUCUAUGCGAGGUUGUUGAUAUGGAGGGUCGCAUAGUCGCAGGGCCAGAGCUGGAGCUUGUUGGAACAUUGGGAGCAGAUGAUGGACUUGGCAGUGGCCGUGAACUGAAACGGUCGUCGCAACUAACCCUCAAUGGCGUUACACUGGACGGGGAUGAGGCUGAUGCAGAUGAGAUGGACGGCGUGGAGGAUAUAUGA